CAAAUGAAGCGCACCACGACAGUGGUGCUGUUCUUGGUUCAAGUGCUCAGCUGUAGCUGCAGUUCGGGAGACAGGUGAGGAAGAGGAAGUUGGGAGUAAGCUGCUGUAGACAUGCGGUGAUCUCAGGUCAGUUGAUCCCCUGCCUUUCCCUCUCCCUCUGUUGGGAUGGAGCUGCGAGGAAGACUGUGGAUACUACUGCAUGCACCAAGUCACACGAGAAGAUGUGCAUCAUAAUAGGCCUGUGCGACAGUUCCACGGCAAGUGGCCAUUUGUUAGACUGCUAGGUGUUCAGGAGCCUGCAUCUGUCCUCUUUUCACUACUGAACGGUGCUGCUGUUGUCGUGGGCUACCACCGUUUCUCUACCAGCUCGCCUUCAGACUACCAUCUUCACAGUGUGCUACAUGUGGAGCUCCUGGUCUCUGUCAAUACUUGGCUAUGGUCUGCUGUCUUUCACACCAGAGAUGUUGGUUGGACUGAGAAGAUGGACUACUUCAGUGCAGCCUUGCUCAUUGUGUGUGGCCUCAUAGUUCAGUUCAUCAGACUGAGUGGAAGGGGAGCAUUGCUAUGGCAAUGUUUGUAUGGAGCUGUGUGGAUGGGUCUGUUCCUGCUGCAUGUUGCCUACCUCUCCAUGAGUGAGAGGUUCAACUAUGGCUAUAACAUGGCAGUGUGUGUAAUAGCAGGUACAGUGUAUGCUGUUGUGUGGACUGCCUGGAGCAUCAAGGAAUGGAGGAGGAGACAUUAUGUGUGGAAAUGUGUGGUGGCGGUUUUGUGGGGAAGCUGCACUGUGUUGCUAGAGUUACUGGACUUUCCUCCUCUCCUGUGGGCCGUUGAUGCUCAUGCUCUCUGGCACCUCAGCACUGCCCCCAUUCCACUCCUCUGGUACAGUUUCCUGACAGAUGACGCCAAGUACGAGAUGACAAGACACAAGAAACAAGUUUGACUGAAUGCAACUAUUCAUGUUUUUCGUCGAACAUUUUCUGAGAAGUUCUGUUUGACAUUGCCUGGAGGUGUGUAGUUAGCAACUACAAACACAGAGUUUCCCUGCGUGGCACUGGCCGCUCCCAUAUGAGUGGUCCCAACCCACACAACCUGUUGUGAUAAUAUUAUUAUAUAGCUCCAAUAAAGUUUAUCCAGAGGUUCACCUGAGUGAAAUGACCAGUAGCGGCAGAGAAGCCCGGCUUGCUGUAGUCGUAGUUCCUGAUCUCUUCGUACCAGUUGUCCACAACCUCCCGCCCAGCUAGCUCCAGCUGAGCACCUACCACGCUCUUCUGGUACAGGUUUUGUCCCAUACCUGAGCCGGGGUCGUGCUCCAGUCGCCCUAGACUAGCUAGUCUCUUGGCCCAUCGCUCGGCUGCCUGGGCCGCCUUGGAGCUCCACUGCAGUGGGGGUGCGGCGUGUCUGGAGCGGUAGACAUUGUGGGCCUCCAGGAUUUCUCGCCCCAGGCUGCUCGGCGCGUCUGGUGAAAGAUGGGAUCAUCGUAAUAACCCAUGAGCUGUCAGCUGGGCGAUUUUUCACCUGCUGCUACGCGAGUAGUUGCACUAGCAGAGCAACAGUUGCCCAUUGCUUACACCAUAGAUAAUAAUUA